CGAAGCUACAGAGUGGACUCACGCCAUAACUAUUAUCGCUAAGUAGUUCAUCUUUAAUCUUUGGCGAAGUCACAGCUAUACACAUCCUUCGAUUCCAGUGUGUUGCGGCUCCGCUGAGGAUAUGGCACAGUCGACGAGGAGAAAGUUAAUAAUAUUCGGGGUCCUGGCACUCAUCAUUGUCGUCAUCCUCAUAGCCGUUUUGGCAACUGUUCUUAGAGGGGAAGGAGGGGGAGGUGGAGGGUCAAAAUACGUACCCUUCCACCCUCCUGCCCGCCUAGAUGGCUCUCAAUGCCCUGCUGAGUACGGACCACGCCCUUUGCUGUUAGUGUCCCUCGACGGAUUCCGUGCUGACUUCCUGGAGAGAAACCUGACGCCCUCCAUCAGGAAUUUGGCAGACAGGGGCGUCCACGCCGAGUACCUCAUGCCCUCAUACCCAACGGUCACCUUUCCCAAUCACUAUACCAUCGUCACGGGGUUGCUCCCAGAAUCGCAUGGGAUAGUUGCCAACACGUUCUACGAUCCAAAAUUCCGGAAGACAUUUUCCCUUUCGGGAAACGCAAGCACGGAGGGUCGAUGGUGGGGCGGAGAGCCCAUUUGGAACACGGUUACAAAGCAGGGAAAGAAGAGCGCAACCUUCUAUUGGCCAGGAUCUGGCGCUGAGAUUAAUGGAAGACGCCCGUCCUACUGGAAGGACUACAACUCCUCCACACCUUUUGAGGAUAGGGUGCUCCAGGUACUCACGUGGCUCUCCCUACCGGAAUCUGAAAGGCCUUCCUUCGUGGCUCUGUACUUUAGGGAACCAGAUCACGCAUCCCAUGAGUAUGGCCCGGAUUCUGAAGAAACGAACGAAAAGCUGGGUCGUAUGGAGAAAAUUGUCAACUUGCUGAUGACUAGCCUGGGAGAACGUAACCUCAUUAACUGCGUCAACGUCAUCCUUCUGUCGGAUCAUGGCGCAACGGAGGCAGGAGAAGAGAGAGUCAUUGAUCUGAAGGAGUCUCUCCCCAACUUACUGGAGGAGGCCUAUUACCAGAGGAGCGUCGUCAGUAGGAUUGGGCCUAAAACGAAGAUUGAAGAGGAUGUGCUUGAGAUGAUGCGGAAUCUAACCCGUAGCAGAGACGACAAUGUGAUGAGGGUGUAUCUGAAAGAAGGUCUCCCAAAAAGGAUGCACUUCUCCAAAAGCCGUCGAAUCGAGGACAUCCUCAUCGAGAUGGACCUUGGGUACACAACUCAGUUCAACUCGUCCUGGGCCCUGAAGGGCCAGCACGGCUAUGACAACUACUAUUCAGACAUGAAUGCUCUUUUCAUCGCCUAUGGCCCAGACUUCAAGCAGAACGCCAAAGUGCCGCCUUUCCAGAAUAUAGAAUUGUAUAACUUGAUGUGUGAAAUGAUCGCUGUCAAACCUGCUGUAAACAAUGGAACCUGGGGAUCUCUGCACCAUCUGCUGGCUAACCCUUCUGAACCACCUGUUGAUCCUGAGGUUCAAAAACCUGAAGUACUAAGGUUUCCCAGUGUUGAACUUCGUACCCUGUGGAAUGAGUCUACUUGUGACGGAGGUGACUUUGUUAUGGAGCACUGGAUUCCGACCCUCAGACUGAACGAAACGCAAGAAGAGCAAGCAGAGCGCAGGCACCUACCUUGGGGUAUUCCACAGUCCACUUCCACAGAAACAAGCGAUGUUGUUCUUCUCUAUCACCCUGAUCACGUUACAGGAUUCUCGCCAUCUCACAAAAUGCCUCUGUGGACGAGCUACACCUUGACUCCAGAGAGCGACGACAUGGCUUGGUUCCAGCCAAAAAUGGCCACGUGGAUGACUGACUUCCGGCUGAAUGAGACCAUCACUCCGACUUGUGCGAUCUUCAGGGAACUUGAGAAAUUUGACUACCACAUGUUCAUACUUUACCCCACAACUCUCUCAGUUGAACAAAGCGAGGACACUUCACCUUCCUUCCUGGUCUCUAACGCCAUUCCUGUCCACGCCUAUUUGAAAGACGACUGGCUGGAUCUCAUGAACCUCCUGCCGCACUGGAUCAAAAACUACGGUCCCUUGAACAUCCUGAUGGGACCCAUAUUUGACACCGUUGACAACCCUCACGUCACUCAGCUGACUGACAGCCAGAUUCGCGUCCCGUCUGACCUUUUCGUGAUUCUGACCCACUGCUUGGAAGAAGUGACCUCGCUUAACCUCUGCCAUUCUAUGCACCUGGACACCAGAACCGUCAUUCUCCAUCAGUACAUGCCAGUGAGGAAUCGUUUCAAAUCUCAGGAGGAACACCUGGAAAAGUUCAGCGCGACCGUGAAAGACGUCGAACACUUCGCCGGUUUCCGACUUUAUCCAAAGCUCGCCUUUGCUGACAGAGUCAACCUGACUCUCAUGAGCCAUCCCCAGUUCUUGUGGACUCUGCCUUAGUAGCUCUUUUUUUUUUUUUUUUUUUUUUUUUUAGUCAUUUUCAUUAAGCUUCUGCUCCUGCUUGAAUUCUUUCAUUAUUCACUUGGUGUUCUGAGGAUCUUUUCCCACAAAAGGAGAGAUAUGUAUUCUAUUCUGUUAUAAGGGGUCUAGAGAGUCUAUUUACUUAAGGAUGGAUAGAAUUCUAUUCUGUUCGGUUUUACAAGAUGGUCAUUAUGUAUUAGGUUCCAUCCAAGUAAUUUUAUGUAUUCUAUCUGUUCGAUGCUAUUCAAAAAGUCAGCUAAAUAAUUAUCUUCUACUAAAAAUACUGAAGGUUUUCUAUUCCACCAAAGUAUCCGUAGUAAUUAUAAUUUGCUAGAAGAGUAAUAUGUAUUCUGUUUUACUAUAGAAAUAUGUAUUCUGUUCUGCUACAGGAAUCACAGGCACUCUGUUAUAGCUCAAGAAGAUACAAUAUAUUUUCUUAAUCAUUAUACACAGCUGUUACUUAUAUAUCAUUAAAUAAAGUUUAUGAUAUUGAUAA